AUGAAACGCAAAUUGGUCAUCAACCUUAAUGUUGAUUAUCAAAGGCCUGCGGAGCUUAGAAAUAAAAAGUUUUUCAAAGAAACAGCUUUUGGUUUAAAAGGCUUGAUGAUUUCGUUUUACUGCCCUACGUGGAAUCGAAUUCCUACGAAUAGAAUAAGGAAAAAUAAUUUGCGAGAAUCGACUGAUUACAAACGAUUUCAAAUCCACCAUGGUGUGCUCAACAAAUUAACUCAAUUCACGUAUUCCAAAUGGCACUGA